CCUAGAACCUGCUCCAUGGGGCCGGCCGGGCUCUAUAAAUAGAAAGGAGAGAGGGAGACCGAUUACGAAUCGAGAAUUGUCAAAGCCUUACUCUUCGAUGUCGAUUACUGAUAUUCAAGGCCAGCUUCUUGAGGUCACUGUUGUCGGGUGCAACCACCUGAAGGACACCGAGUGGAUCUCACGGCAGGACCCGUAUGUGUUCCUCGAAUACGGUAGCACCAAGUUCAGCACCAGUACUUGCACAGACGGUGAUAAGAAUCCGACAUUCCAGGAGAAGUUCGUUUUUACGUUAAUCGAAGGUCUUAGGGAGAUAAAUGUCACCGUUUGGAACAGCAAUACCCUUAAAUCCGACGACUUCAUCGGCAGUGGAAAGAUUCAAUUGCAGAAGGUGCUUUCUCGAGGUUUCGACGACACCACCUGGUCGCUUCAGACUAAACGUGGCAGAAAUGCAGGAGAAUUGCGAUCAAUAUUACAUUAUUCUAAUGCCCUACAACCUGCAACAAGCUUUGCUUCGUCGGCACCGCCAUAUGUGACCCUGCCUACGCCUCAAGUUCCUUUGUAUUUUAAGCCACUUUCAACAAAUACUACUGCUCCUUAUGCACCUUCGGCCUACCCAGCUCCAUCUCCCUACUCUUCGUACCCACCUAACUCAGCCGUGUAUCCACCAUCUCCGUACUCUGCUCCACCUCCAGCUACCUAUCCUCCCCCACCUUACCCACCAACAUCAAUUUACCCUCCACCGCCACAAACCUCGUCCUAUUAUCCUCCAGGUAAAGUUCGUUUAGGUCCUUAUCCAAGAAUAUACCCACCACCGUCAUACUGAAAGGGUAUCUGAAGUUUGUGAUUUCGGAAAUUAAAGAAGUAGACACAUACAGUUGAAAUAUUAUAGGUGUGGUUGCGUAUACUUUUGGAGUUCAUUACAAAAAACAAAAACAAAAAAGUGACUUCUAUGUAUCCUAGUAAUCACAACACAAUUCAUUGUAAUCCUUUCAUUCAAUUCAGUUCAAUCAUUUCCAUUACAACACCAAUAGUGUAAUCCUUUCAUUCCACAACGAAGGCUCUAAUCUAACCCUGAGCUUAUGUUUGUU